AUGGGUGAUAAUCAGAAAGCAGAUUCAGGACCAGUAGACGCUAGUAGUGAUUACAUCAAAUUGAAAGUUGUAGGAAACGAUUCAAAUGAAAUUCACUUCAGAGUCAAAAUGACAACACAAAUGGGUAAAUUAAAAAAGUCAUACAGUGAAAGGGUUGGUGUACCUGUGACUUCGCUAAGAUUUCUUUUUGAUGGAAAGAGGAUCAAUGAUGAUGAAACACCAAAGCAGUUGGAAAUGGAAAAUGAUGAUGUCAUUGAAGUUUAUCAGGAGCAAACUGGUGGAUGUUGGUUGUGUCAAUAA